CCGGGCCGCGCAUGUCCGACCCGAGCUGCUGGGCGGCGGCGCCCGCGCGCCGGAGCCGCCUGGCCAAGGGCGCGCUGCUGCAGCGCUCCAAGAGCUGCCGCAGCGGGAACCGCAAGAGCUUGGUGGUAGGAACGCCCUCACCAACUCUCUCCCGGCCCCUGUCGCCGCUGUCUGUCCCCACGGCAGGCAGCAGCCCGUUGGACAGCCCCCGGAACUUCUCGGCAGCAUGUGCCAUCAACUUCCCCUUCGCCCGGAGCCACGUGGCACGAGUGGACAGGGCGGACGGCAGAAGAUGGUCCCUGGCGUCUCUCCCGUCUUCCGGCUACGGGACCAACACACCCAGCUCCACCCUCUCGUCAAGCUCAUCCUCCCGGGAGCACCUCCACCAGCUUCCCUUCCAGCCCACGCCGGACGAGCUGCACUUCCUGUCCAAGCACUUCCGCAGCUCGGAGAGCGUGGCCGAUGAGGACGGGGGCCGCUCCCCCCGCCUGCGGCCCCGGUCCCGCAGCCUCAGCCCGGGCCGCACGUCGGGGACCUUCGACAACGAGGUGGUCAUGAUGAAUCACGUGUACCGCGAGCGGUUCCCCAAGGCCACGGCGCAGAUGGAGGGCCGGCUGCGGGAGUUCCUGGCGGCCUACGCGCCCGGGGCGCGGCUGGCGCUGGCCGACGGCGUCCUGGGCUUCAUCCACCACCAGAUCGCCGAGCUGGCGCGCGACUGCCUGGCCAAGUCGGGCGAGGCCCUGGUCACCUCGCGCUACUUCCUGGAGAUGCAGGAGAAGCUGGAGCGGCUGCUGCAGGACGCGCGCGAGCGCUCGGACAGCGCCGAGGUCGGCUUCAUCGUGCAGCUGGUGCGCAAGCUGCUCAUCGUCAUCGCGCGGACCGCGCGGCUGCUCGAGUGCCUGGAGUUCGACCCCGAGGAGUUCUACCACCUGCUGGAGGCGGCCGAGGGCCAGGCCCGCGAGGGCCACGGCAUCAAGACGGACCUGCCCCGCUACAUCAUCGGGCAGCUGGGCCUGGCCAAGGACCCGCUCGAGGAGAUGGUACCACUGAGUCACCUUGACGAAGGACAGCCCCCAGACCCCGAGUCCCCAGAGAGCCGUGCCCUGGUCGGCCAGUCGAGGAGGAAGCCAUGUGAGAGCGACUUCGAAACCAUCAAACUCAUCAGCAACGGGGCCUACGGGGCCGUCUACCUGGUGCGGCACCAGGACACCCGGCAGCGCUUCGCCAUGAAGAAGAUCAACAAGCAGAACCUGAUCUUGCGCAACCAGAUCCAGCAGGUGUUCGUGGAGCGCGACAUCCUCACCUUCGCGGAGAACCCCUUCGUGGUCGGCAUGUUCUGCUCCUUCGAGACGCGCCGCCACCUGUGCAUGGUCAUGGAGUACGUGGAAGGCGGGGACUGCGCCACGCUCCUGAAGAACAUGGGCCCGCUGCCGGUGGACAUGGCCCGCAUGUACUUCGCCGAGACGGUGCUGGCGCUCGAGUACCUGCACAACUACGGCAUCGUGCACCGCGACCUCAAGCCCGACAACCUGCUCAUCACCUCGCUCGGCCACAUCAAGCUGACCGACUUCGGCCUGUCCAAGAUCGGGCUCAUGAGCAUGGCCACCAACCUGUACGAGGGCCACAUCGAGAAGGACGCCCGGGAGUUUGUGGACAAGCAGGUGUGUGGGACCCCGGAGUACAUCGCCCCCGAGGUCAUCUUCCGCCAGGGCUACGGCAAGCCGGUGGACUGGUGGGCCAUGGGCGUCAUCCUGUACGAGUUCCUGGUGGGCUGCGUGCCCUUCUUCGGGGACACGCCCGAGGAGCUGUUCGGGCAGGUGGUCAGCGAUGAGAUCAUGUGGCCAGAGGGAGACGAGGCCCUUCCAGCUGACGCCCAAGACCUCAUCACCAGGCUGCUCCGGCAGAGCCCGAUGGACCGACUGGGGACCGGCGGCACCCACGAGGUGAAGCAGCACCCCUUCUUCCUGGCCCUGGACUGGGCGGGGCUCCUGCGGCACAAGGCGGAGUUCGUGCCCCAGCUGGAGGCCGAGGACGACACCAGCUACUUCGACACGCGCUCGGAACGCUACCGCCACCUGGGCUCCGAGGAGGACGAGACCAACGACGAGGAGUCGUCCACGGAGAUCCCGCAGUUCUCGUCCUGCUCGCACCGCUUCAGCAAGGUCUACAGCAGCUCCGAGUUCCUGGCCGCCCAGCCCACUCCCACCUUCGCCGAGAGGAGCUUCAGCGAGGACCGGGAGGACGGCUGGGAGCGCAACGUGGAGGUGGACUACCGCCGCCGCCUGAGCGCCGACUUCCGGUGGGUGGGGCGGGGAGGGGCAGGCAGGUCCCGCGUCCAAGCCUGCUGGGAGUUGGAGGCGAAGUUUGAUGCUGAGGGAGCUUCCCAGUGGCCCAGUAGAAAAGGGCCGAACAUAAUUGGGCCAGGGUGCCGGGGCCCCCCCUGACGACCCCCCUCCCUU